GCGUUGUCAUCUCAAAUGACCGGUCAUGUGACAGAGUGAAAUACUAGAGCUGUUUUCUCUGCCUCUGUUCUUUACUCAGCGUUUAUUCUUCACACUGGAGUCGUUCCUGAUGAGGUUGCACAGAAUGCUGUCUUUAGUAAUAGUCGCAGGACUACUGGCUUUUGCCUCUGGUAAACCAUGUGAAACUCAAACAUCUAAUAGUGAGCUGAACAUGUCACUCAAUAAAAACCUCCUUCGCUCUCUGGAGACGCAGGAAGGACUCCCCAAUCCCAGUGUCCACUUGGCAUUACGGCUUUCUAACUUCCACAACCUUGCCAAGGAGAGCGAACACCUAAAUAAACUGAAAAAUGAUUUGCACAAUGACACUCAAAGCUCUCUCUCUAAGAGCCAGUCGGUGGUGGGCCUCUUGUCGCUGUACACUCUGGCUUUGAAGUCCUCCUGCUAUGACCUCAACACAAUCACCUUCACCGUCGGUGGAAGGAGUGAGACGCUGCUGACACACCUGAAGAAUCAGAUGGAACAAGAAAAAGAGCAUAUUACCUUCAGCCACCGCCCUUUGACCAACUAUUACCAGUACUCUCUGGGUGUGCUCGCUCUUUGCGUGAGCGACAUCAGGGUCAACCAUCAUGUCACCCACAAACUCAUCAAGGCAGCAGAUCAUGAGCAAUUCAAACAAGGAGACACUGAGAGUACUGAUACCUAUGCCAUGGCUGGAAUGGCCCUCCAGUGUGUGAAGGACGCUGGUUCUCAUGUGCAGAACGCUAUGGAGCUUGACACAGUUCUCAGCAAGAUCCAGCAGAAGCUCUUGGCCUCGCGUAGGGACGACGGUCAUAUUGGCAAUGAGUUCAGCACAGGCCUUGCAGUUCAAGCUUUACUGGCCAUGGGGCGCCCCGUUUCAGAGUGUGCUGCCUCGAUGGAGGCCAUGAGGACAGACGCCAGAAACAACAGAUACCAUAACGCCAUGGCCAUUUCUCAGGUUCUGCCAGCUCUUCAGCAGAAGUCAUACCUGACAGUAAAAAGCAAGGAGUGUCUCAAUGAGGAUGACACUCUGGUGCUGGAGCCCAUAGAUCCGGUGGUGGUUUUACCGAGUCAGACCAAAGUGACAGUGACGGUGGAGGUGGUGAUGUCCAGCGGAGCAGCUGCUCUUUACUCUGUGGAAGUGCCAAAGGGAAGGUCUCUGUUGGAGGCCCUUGAACUUCUCAAAAUUGAAAAUGUUGGAUUCACGUUUGACAAAGAGUCCAGUCUGUGGGGACCUUUCUUAAGCAUGGUGAACGGAGAGCAGGCGAGACAGAACGACCGCAGAUACUGGCACCUCUCCUCUGAUGGCACUGCGCUCAGCGAGGGUAUCUCCGAUUUCAAGAUUGAUGCGGCUCAAAAGAUCACCCUCAAAAACACCGUCUACUAAGAGUGAGUCACUGCUGAUGCAACAGUGAUUUAUGAAGAUCAGAAGAAGUUCCAUUUUGUUCUCUUUUCUGCUGUUUAAACCGAUGAUUAUACUUAAAAUGAUAAUACUGAAGAUCCCAUAAACUGUGAAUAAUUAGUCGGACUGGUUUCAUAGAAUUUUUGCAUUUCAAGUAGGUUUGAAGCUUGACAUUUUAUUUCAUUUAGAACUAAUUGAACAGACUUUGCUGUGAAAAUUAUUGCUUUGGUAUGUAAAUUGUAAAAUAAUGGAUUGUUAAAUCAGGCAUGAAUGUGUUUUCCAAUAUCUUACAAAAUGUGCUUGUGCUUUUUCCAAACAAAUAAAUGGCUUUUUAAAAGGAA